GGGUGUGGGCCCGGCAGGGCAGGGCGGGGCGGCGCGGGCUGCCCCGGAGCCCCGUGAAGUCGCGCUCGGAUCAUGAGGCCCCGGCUGUCGCUGUGUGCGCUGCUCGCGGCCCUGGCGCUGCUGGGCGGGGCGCCGGGGCUCGGCGCGCGGCACCGGGCGGCCAACGCGUGGCAGCGCCGCGGGAACCCGCAGUACGAGGGGCUUGAAUCUAUGCUCUCAGAUUUCGACGUUCUCUCUCAGUCAAAUAUCCAGCAACAUUCUUUAAGAAAAAGGGACCUUCAGCCAGAGACGCAUGUAGAAAGGCUGUUAAGUUUUUCAGCCUUGCAUAGGCACUUUAAAUUAUACUUAACUGCAACUGCUGAACACUUUUCAGAAAAAUUUAAAGCAUUAAUUGUGGAUGGUAAAGGCAAGGAAAAGGAAUAUCAUGUCCACUGGCAAGAAUUCUUCACUGGACAUGUUGUUGGUGAACAUAAUUCUAAGGUUGUAGCACACAUUGGUGACAAAGACUUUACUGUAAGAAUCAGUACUGAUGGCGAAGAAUACAAUAUAGAGCCACUUUGGAGGUUUAUAGAUAACACCAGAGAUGAAAGACUGUUGGUCUACAGAUCUGAAGAUAUUAAGGAUUUCUCACGACUGCAGUCUCCAAAAGUGUGUGGUUAUUUAAAGUUUGAUGCGGAAAAACUGCUGCCUGAAGGACUUGAGGAGAGCAAGGCAAAUGAAGUGAAUGUCCAUCGGGAAAGAAGAGCUGCUUCAGAAUCCCCCAAGAACACAUGCAAGAUGCUUGUGGUUGCAGAUCAUCGCUUCUUCAAGUAUAUGGGCCGUGGGGAAGAAAGCACAACUAUUAACUACUUAAUUGAAUUAAUAGACAGAGUGGAUGACAUCUAUCGAAAUACCUCCUGGGACAACGCAGAAUUCAGCGGAUAUGGCAUACAGAUAGACCAGAUUAUCAUUCACAAUGAACCAAAUCCUGUAAACCCUGGAGAAAAGCAUUAUAACAUGGCCAGAAGUCAACCAGAUGAAGACAAGGAUGCCUGGGAGGUGAAGAUGCUGCUAGAGCAAUUUAGCUUUGAUAUAGCUGAGAAAGCAGCUCGUGUGUGCCUUGCCCAUCUCUUUACAUACCAAGAUUUUGAUAUGGGAACGCUUGGAUUGGCUUAUGUUGGGUCUCCCAGGCCUGCCAGCCAUGGGGGCAUUUGUCCAAAAGCUUAUUAUAGUCAAAUUGCCAAAAAAGACAUCUAUCUGAACAGCGGCUUGACCAGCACAAAGAACUAUGGCAAAACGAUCCUUACAAAGGAAGCAGACUUGGUAACUACUCAUGAACUGGGACACAACUUUGGAGCAGAGCAUGACCCUGACAGCUUGCCAGAAUGUGCUCCCACUGAAGACCAGGGAGGAAAAUAUGUUAUGUAUCCAAUUGCUGUGAGCGGAGAUCAUGAGAACAACAAGAUGUUCUCAAACUGCAGUAAACAAUCCAUCUAUAGGACCAUAGAGAACAAGGCCCGGGAAUGCUUCCAAGAGCGCAACAACAAAGUGUGUGGGAACUCCAGGGUGGAUGAGGGUGAGGAGUGCGACCCUGGCCUUUUGCACCAGCAUGAUGAUCCCUGCUGCUCUGCUGACUGCAAGCUGAAGAAAGGUGCCCUAUGCAGUGAUCGGAACAGUCCCUGCUGCAAAGGCUGCCAGUUUGAAAGUGCCCAGAAGAAGUGCCAGGAAGCCAUAAAUGCUACUUGCAAAGGAGAGUCCUAUUGCACUGGAAACAGCAGUGAGUGCCCUCCACCAGGGAAUGCUCCAGAUGACACGGUCUGCGUGGAUCUGGGCAAGUGCAAGGAUGGCGAAUGUAUUCCAUUUUGCGAGAGGGAGAAGAGCCUACGUUCGUGUGCAUGCAAUGAAACUGACGACUCCUGCAAGGUAUGCUGUCGGGACAAGCAGGGCAGGUGCAUGCCGUACGUGGACGCAAGCCAGAAGUUCCUGUAUUUGCGCAAAGGGAAGCCAUGCACGGUGGGGUUUUGCGACAUGAACGGUAAAUGUGAGAAGAGAGUGCAAGAUGUGAUUGAACGAUUUUGGGAUUUCAUCGAUCAGCUCAGCAUCAAUACCUUUGGGAAGUUCCUAGCAGACAACAUAGUAGGCUCUGUUCUUGUGUUCUCCCUGCUGUUUUGGAUUCCUCUCAGUAUUCUUGUCCAUUGUGUGGACAAGAAAUUGGAUAAACAGUAUGAGGAGAACACAAAAUCUCUCUUUUGCCCCAGUAACGUUGAAAUGCUCAGCAGCAUGGACUCUGCCUCAGUGCGAAUUAUCAAGCCUGCUGCACAGUCCACAAGUCGGCAUCAGCCACUGCAGCCAGUCAUGGUGAUGCCUCCAGUCGCCGCAGCACCAAAACAGGACCACCAAAGAAUGGAUACUAUUCAGGAAGACCCAAGUACUGACUCUCACAUUGAUGAAGACGGGUUUGAAAAGGACCCUUUCCCAAAUAGCAGCUCAGCUGCCAAAUCUUUCGAGGACCUUACAGACCAUCCUGUCACCAGGAGUGAGAAAGCUUCAUCUUUUAAACUGCAACGUCAAAAUCGAGUGGACAGCAAAGAAACAGAAUGCUAGUGUCUUGCUGCCUUCCAAACCUGAGACUCCUGUGUGCAAAAUAAAUUCAUCUGUUUGAUCUAAAACCAUUUCAUUUCUAUAAAUACAGAUCUAUGUAUAUAUUUUUGUGAGGGAAUAGAAGAAAUAAGGAAGCGACCUACUGCAGAUGCUGGUCAUGUGUAUGACCUUCCUUAAUUUAAGUUUCUAGAACGUUCUGUCUUUUGGAAACAAAAUUCAGACUAAAACUAGUUUGUUUUUGAAUUUGGCUUUUUUCUUCUCCUCUCAAUCUUUAACAUUUCCUUCAACCUGUGGUGUAAAAUGGAAUAUCCUGCUGGAUAUUAGAUUGUGUAUAUUAGCAUUUUUAUAAUUUAACUUUUUGUAGUUGAACAGCACUGAGACACAAAAGCAUUGGGUUUUUUUCUUUUUAAGAAAACAGAACAAAAAAGUCUUUUUUUUUUUCCUCCAGAGCCUAGAGCAGUUAGCAGUUUAAGUACCUGUAAGCUCAACUCGAAGCAGUAUAAAGUAUCUUUUUGUUUUGAGAACAAAGGAUGAGUGCAAUGAAAUUUUUGUUUCUUAAAAUGCAUUUUACUGGAGUAUGACAAAUACGACAGAUGCACACCGAGUUGCACAAGGUUUUCACUGCAUGGCUUCCAUUUAAAAACCAACAGAAAUUGCACAGCAAUGAAAAUCUUGUAUAAUUCACUGAAAAUAUCCCCAUUGUCUGAAAGCUGUUUUCAGUCGCAACUUGUUUACAUUUCAUUACUUCCAUUGCAUAAAAAACAUUUACUUGCAAGUCUUCUCAGUCUGAAUUACGAUUCUUAUCUGCAAUGGUAAACAAGGCAUACUCUUAUCUAGGAUAAGUAGAGAAAGCUUAGGCCCAGGUUUUAACCAAGGUUCAGCGUGAAAUCAUUUUGAUUCAAAUUUCUAUAUAUAAGUCUGUUGCCAUGGAACUUAAAAGAAAAGCUAGUUCUUAAAAGGAUCCAUAUAAUACUUAAUUGAAAAAAAUAGUAUACUUGGUGCAUCAAUUCUGGUUAUUCAGAAAAUUAUAUUGAUUUCAGCUCCAAUGUAAACACUGAAAAAUCAAGGCUUGCCAAUUUUAGAGAAACAUUUUGUAAGGGAUUCUUUUAAGUUCAAGGUUUCCAUACAGGUAUUACAGCAUAUAUUAUGUAUGACUUUAAUGGUUUCCCUUUUAAGUUGGCAAAGCUUAUUUCAAAAGGAAUAGAUACAGAUAUUGUAAUCUGUGUGUCAGGAAUGGUAUAGGAGUUAUUUAAGUCUGCCUUAACACAUGGACUGCCAUAGUGGAGUCAUAGGGCAGCUGUUACUGCUUUGACAGAACAGAAAGAUCUUAGUUCUGCAUGUUUUAGCCCAUAAUCAUGUCCUAUGGCUGUUUUAUAUAAAUCAAUGUCCACUAGAAAGCAAAGCAUUCAUCAACCAAGAAACCUUUGUGAUGGAAAACUUUUGUAUUUUUUUUUUAAAUUUGAUGGCAGUUAAUGAAACCUGUGACAAAAGAAAUGUGUUUCUAAGAUUCUUGUUACACUAAUACUUGAACUUGUGCCUUAUGGUAUUCCUGUCUUUAACCAGCCAUGUUAUUUUUAGUUACACUGGUUUUUGGAUUUGAUAAGCAGUGGUAAACUUUGUGUGAGGAGUUGAUUCAACUCCCAGUACAAUGUAAAAAUAAAAACUUUUUUAAUAGAA